CAAAGUCAGAAAAGAGACACAGAGAAUUGGCCAAAAAAUUCAGGGCCACUUUGCUGUAAAGGAAUCUCUUUUAAGCAGUCGGCUGGACUUCCUCUCUAACUACCCUCUCGCCUCCUUGACUCCGAAAGGUGACGACUUUUCUCCUCGAAUCCGCCCCCUCCUCCUCCUCCUCUUCCAAGAAUUCACGCAGGGAGCUGAACCCACGUACAUGCCGGGCAAAGGGUACCAGAAAAGAGCUUCCUUUUCGAAAGAGCGAGCGAAAUGGGUUGUGGGAAUACCUUCUUCUCGGUGCUGAUAACCUUCUCGGUGGCGCUCAUCACCUACAACAUCCUCAUCUCCGCCAAUGCCCCCCUCAAGCAAGAGCUCCCCGGCCCUUCCGACCCUUCUUCCGGAUUGUCCGUGGACCCCGUGAUCAAGAUGCCUCUCGAUAGAUCGAGGAGGUUCGGCGGAGGCGGCGGCGGCAGGAGGAGGCUGUUCCACACGGCGGUCACGGCUUCCGAUUCGGUGUACAACACCUGGCAGUGUAGGGUGAUGUACUACUGGUUCAAGAAGCACCAGAAUGGGCCCAAUUCGGAGAUGGGUGGGUUCACCAGGAUCUUGCACUCCGGGAAGCCUGAUGCGUACAUGGAUGAGAUCCCGACUUUUGUUGCUCAGCCACUUCCUUCUGGGAUGGAUCAGGGUUAUAUAGUCCUCAACAGACCAUGGGCAUUUGUACAGUGGCUUCAACAAGCUGACAUUAAAGAAGAUUACAUACUGAUGUCAGAGCCUGAUCAUGUCAUUGUCAAGCCAAUACCAAACUUAUCGAGAGAUGGACUUGGAGCUGCAUUUCCUUUCUUUUAUAUUGAGCCUAAGAAGUAUGAGACUGUCCUUCGGAAAUUCUUUCCUGAAGAGAAGGGACCAAUAACCAAUAUUGAUCCGAUUGGAAAUUCUCCUGUCAUUGUAGGAAAGGAAUCUCUUAAAAAAAUUGCUCCAACUUGGAUGAAUGUUUCCUUGGCAAUGAAGAAAGAUCCUGAAACAGAUAAAGCAUUCGGUUGGGUGCUUGAAAUGUAUGCUUAUGCUGUAUCAUCAGCAUUUCAUGGUGUUGGUAACAUUUUAUACAAGGAUUUUAUGAUUCAGCCACCCUGGGACAAAGAACUUGGGGAGAAGUUCAUAAUUCAUUACACUUAUGGAUGUGACUACAAUAUGAAGGGCGAGUUGACUUAUGGAAAGAUAGGAGAAUGGAGGUUCGACAAGAGAUCUUAUGACAAAGUCCCUCCUCCAAAGAACCUACCACUACCUCCUCCUGGUGUUCCAGAAAGUGUGGUGACUUUGGUGAAAAUGGUAAACGAAGCGACUGCAAACAUUCCAAACUGGGGAUCCUAAACAUAUGCCUUUUGCAGCCACCAAAAGGUUCAUCGGUGGUUCAUCAAAAUAGAGGUUACAGGGCUAACAAGCACAGCAGAGUGAGAAUUGGCGUCAUGUCAACAUCCUAUGCACUGUGGAGGAUGCGUGCUUUAUGUCAAUUGCAGGAAAACAAGGUUUCGGUUCAUCCUCAUCUGGCAGAUGUGUAUCUGAGCUGUUUGAGCUGUAAAACUUAUGCAUUGUCGUCCAACAGUAUCGAGAUGUCAUUAGGAAGCAUGUAAAUGACACCAUAUACACAGGAUUCAUUUCAGUUUGCUUUUUCCACGCGAUAAACUUUCACCUUUUGAUACGGAAGUUUCGUCACACGGUAAA